AUGAUUCGACGAUUUUUCUCCAACAACGUGAUAAAGGCACGAAAAUUCAUGUACGUAAAGGAUUUUCGUGGAGAACCUACUGCAGCUAAUUUUGAUUUAGUUGAAGAGAACUUACCGGCAUUAAAGGAUGGUGAAGUCUUAGCUCAAGCUGAAUAUCUGUCUGUUGAUCCUUACAUGCGGCCUUAUAUGAUGAGCUACAAGGCUCCAUGCUUAAUGAUUGGUGGACAAAUGGCAAAGAUUGUUGACAGUAAGAAUGCUGAGUUUCCUGUUGAUUCUACAAUUUUCGGACAAUUUGGAUGGAGAUCACAUACAGUAUUGAAUCCAACUGAAGUUCAGAAGAAUGCAUUUCGUGACUAUUACAUCCUUCCAAAGUAUGGAAAUCUGCCAAGCUCAUUAGGGCUUGGAUAUUUAGGAAUGCCUGGAAAUACAGUUUAUUUUGGAUUUCUGGAACUUUGUCAACCAAAAGAAGGUGAAACAGUUGUUGUGACUGGUGCAGCUGGCGCUGUCGGAACUUUAGUAGGUCAAGUAGCUAAGCUGAAAGGAUGCAGAAUCGUUGGAUUCGCUGGAUCUGAUGAAAAAUGUAAAUGGCUUGAAACUGAAUUAGGAUUCGACAAAACAAUCAAUUACAAAACUAAGAAUCUGUAUCGUCAACUAAAAGAUGCAGCACCAAAAGGCAUCGACUGUUAUUUUGACAACGUCGGUGGUGAAAUCAGCUCAUUAAUCUUCAGUCAAAUGAAUGACUAUGGAAGAAUUUCCGUCUGUGGUGCUAUUUCAAGCUACAAUACAGAAAUUCCAAAAGUUCCAGCAGUUCAAACAGCAUUCGUUUUCAAGCAGCUGAAAAUGGAAGGAUUCCUAGUUUGGAGAUACACAGAUAGAUGGAUGGAAGGAAUUGAUCAAGUCGCAAAAUGGAUUCAAGAAGGAAAAGUUAAGUACAAUGAGACAGUUACAGAUGGAUUUGAAAACACGCCUCAGGCAUUUAUUGACAUGCUGAAUGGAAAGAAUUUUGGAAAGGCAGUCGUCAAAGUUUAA